AUGGCCGACCAAACGAAUGCCUUUGAGGCUCUGUCAAGCGAUAAUCGCGGUCCUAUCAUCACCUUGACCUCGGUGUCUCUUCUGAUUGUGGCCAUCAUCUUUGUGCUGGCCAAGUUGAGUUCGGCAUUCUAUUUCAAGCAGCGACGGACAACGGUCAACACUCCCAUCUGGGUCGCUUUGGUUCUUUCCACUGUUCAGGUCGUUGUCUUACAGGAGGCUGUUGACCAUGGACUGGGGAAGCACGAAGACCGACUUAGCAAGGGCGAUAUUCAGGCCUGGAACAAGUUUGCCUUUACUGCUCACAUUCUGCACGUCAUGGUCUUGUCGCUCUCGAAAAUGUCGACCCUCCUGCUAAUCUGGAAGUUAACGCCGAGCAAAAUCCUGCGUCGCAGCUGUAUAAUCACUGCUGGUAUUGGGAUCGGGUGGGCGAUCUUCGCAGUGUUGGGUAUAGCUUUCCAGUGUGAGAUGCCCGACCCGUGGCUAUACUCCCCUCAGCGAUGUGCUGGACAGGGAGCUAUAUUCUACCCAAUCGCAGUCUUGAACAUCCUCACAGAGAUUAUCCUUGUGGUCUUACCGUUCUUCAUGAUGCGGAAUGUCCAGAUGGUCUUGUCUAAGCGGGUGAAGAUCCUGAGCUCCUUCUCUUCGCGCCUAAGUAUCGUCGGCCUCGGAAUCGCCCACCUGACUCUCCUACCUUCGUUCGUCCACUCAACCGACGUCUCCUGGGAUAUCGUGAACUGGGAAGUAGUUGGUCAAGGAAUGAUGCUCACAACCGUCAUAAUCGCCUGCGUCCCGACCCUCUACCACAUCUUCGCCGGCCUACACUCCGGCCUAACCACAACCCAAAUCCCCGACGCGAUCGGGCUCGAGCUCCCCCGAACCAAGGCCAGCGGGUAUAUCAAUCCGUCUUCUUCGUGGCCAAGCCAGUCGCACUCGCAGUCGCAGUCGCGUGGGCGAUCGAGGAUGAGUGGGCGGCCCAUGUUUGAUGUGUGGAGAGGUCAGACCGCGGUUAUCACUGAGGUUUCAUCGGGUCGAGAUUUAAAUCAGAAAGAUGAUGCUGCUAGGCGGUCUAGCUCGAGUGACGGGACGGAGAGCACGAGGCAUCUGACACAGGAUGCUCAGGGGAAGGGAUCGGUGCUGAGGACGGUAGAUGUUACGGUGGAAAUUGAGGAGCAUGAUCAUUGGAACCGGCGUUGA